GACAAUGUAAUUCUGGAUAGACUUUUUUCAGCCCCAACAAAUUCCCAGCAUGUACAGACCAGGAGAGAAAGCCAAACGGCGGCUGCGCGCUCACGCUUCCAGCAUCAGAAACGUCGAAAUUGCUAGAGGGAGAGCGGGAUACGGUUUUACCCUUUCUGGCCAAGCUCCCUGCGUGCUUAAUUCUGUUUUAAAAGGAAGUCCCGCAGAUUACGUGGGGCUCAAGGCCGGGGAUAAGAUAUUUGCGAUCAACGAAAUUAACGUGAAGAGGGCCUCCCACGAAGAUGUGGUGAAGCUGAUAGGCAAAUGCUCCGGGGUUUUGCACAUGGUCAUUGCGGAAGGGUUCGGUCACGCUGAAGCUUGUUCAAGCGACGAAGAAGAUGGUCUUUAUGAUGGCAAAGGGUGGCCAAAGACCAAGCCUGACUUGAAAGGCCCCGGUAUAAACCGGGCGGAGAAAGUGGUGGAGGAAAUGCAAUCAGGUGAAAUUUUCAACAUGAUCUUCGAAAGUUCUAAUAUUUGUGCUAGCGAGGUGCCGAUACCCAAAAGAAAAGAAACAUCCGCUCACGAUGGGGCCAAGAUGGAAACGGAACCUCCGCCUAGGAACGAUCAACCCCGCGUGCCGUACAAUGAGGAACAGCCACAAGCCUUGAACAAUGACUCGUUUUUUCGGGCUGGAUGGGAAAACCAGGAGUACUGCGGAAUUGACGCCAGCAUUCUAAACGUGGCCAUGAUCGUGGGCUACCUGGGAUCCAUCGAACUCCCUUCUUCGAGUUCGAAUCUGGAAUACGACAGCUUGCAGGCCAUCCGCGGUUGCAUGCGCCGUCUUCGGGCUGAGCAAAGGAUCCAUUCCUUAGUGGCGAUGAAGAUCAUGCACGACUCCAUUGAGCUCUGCACGAACCUGUCCGUUGUGAUUGCAAAGUAUCCAGCCGAGAAGCUGGCCUUUAGCGCUCUCUGUCCCGACGACAAACGGUUUUUUGGACUGGUCACUAUGCAGAGCGUGGACGAGGCAAGCUUAGCUCCGGAGGACGAAGUGGUCUUGAGGACCUCCUGCCAUGUGUUUAUGGUGGAUCCGGAGCUAUUCAGUCAUAAAAUUCAUCAGGGCAUUGCCCGCCGAUUCGGAUUGGAGUGCACGGCGGAUCCCGACACCAACGGCUGCCUUGAGUUCCCUUUGUCGUCUCUCCCGGUCCUUCAGUUUGUCUCUGUUCUGUACAGGGACAUGGGGGAUUUCAUCGAGGGGGUGCGGGCCAGGGCCUUCCUCGAUGGAGAAGCAGAUGCCCAUCAGAACAACAGUAUGAGCAGUAACAGUGACAGCGGGAUCGGGAACCUCCAUCAAGAAGAAAAAAGUAGGGUUUUAGUGGUCGAUUUAGGAAGCAACACCAACAAACACCUGCUUGGUAAUAACGUACAGGGCAGUCCAAUAAACAGAGCUCACAACUCCCACUGGAAUUUUGUUCACGAACAAGAAAACGUAGGGUCAGGAGCCGUGUUCCAAAACGAUAAAUCUCAAAACCUAAAUAAAUUCCUGGCAUCUUCCGCUCAUGUUGACGUUGCGGUAGCGGCUUCGAAAAGCUCAGCGCCGCCAAAUAAGAAGAACCCCGCGGACAAUCAGAGGUGGUUGCCUGUUCACGUACUGAAAGAUUGGCAACAGGGAUGUCUCAGCGACCAAGAGUCGUACACGGAUUCCACCGACGGCUGGUCAAGCGUCAACUGCGGGACGCUUCCGCCUCCUAUGAAUAAAAUCCCUGCGGAUAGAUACAAGGUCGGCGGCGGCUUUGGCCAGCCUCAUCUCGUGUCCCCGACGAAAGAACUGGCUGAGAAAGAAUUUCAGGCGGCUUCGGAUCCCUUCGACUCUCGACCCGGUUUCAGAACAACCAGAGAAGAAAAAAAGAUAAGUACGGGGGCAAAAUUCGGACCCGAAUUCGGAUUGGCACAACUCUUCCAUCAUUCUUCUUCGGCUCGAAAAUCGUUUGGGCGCGCCAAGAGAUUCAGCGUUACCCGUUCGCUCGAGGAUCUCGAGGGCGAGCCCUGCCGAGCACCGGGACCCCCCGCGGCGAAAGAGAAGCCCCCCAAAUGCUGCCACGUCACCCUCCCAGACGGCUCCACCUCUGUCAUGCCCGUAAGAGCCGGGUCCUCCAUCAAAGAGGUGCUAUCCGACUUCUGCGAACGGCAACGCAUCAGCAUGGCCGCAGUCGACCUUUUUUUAAUCGGUGGAGAUAAG